AUGGAGGGGCCAGGGCUAGUGUCUGGUUUAACCCGAAGGCUACACAGAGCAGCUGGCCGUUUGGGGGGGCCAGUGAAGUUAGGAGCCAGCCCACCUACUGGGGACGGGGGCCUGGGGCCCAAGUCGAGUCUCUUGGGGAGGACGUGCAGGGUGCCUGCCCAGAGGAGGGUGGGGGGCCCUGAGACAGCUUCCCUGCCUGCAGGUGUGGCUGGGGCGGGGCAGGGCAGCAGGGAAGGCGGUGGAGGCCAGGCUGUCGUCUUCCCGGGCUCCCAGGAGCUGCUCAGAACCCCAUCGUCAUCUGGGCACGUGGGGACUGUAACUCUGGUGACAGUUUCAGCCACCUUUGGGUCAGGGACUGAAACUGGAGAGGGUGGGGGGUGGGUUCUUCUAUGA